UGGUUGGAGACGGGAUCAGCGCUCAAUAACGAGUAUCUUAGGUCUCGUGCACAAGCAAUCGAGUACGCCAAGGCUCGAAACCGCUGCUUUGAGUUGGCUACUCGAGCAUACCUCGAUAAUGAUGGUGCAGCUGCUGCAAAGUUAUCUGCACAGGGCCGAGAGUACAAUGAUCUGAUGAUGGCAACACAUCGUGCUGCUAGUCGACAGAUUUUCGAGUCUCGAAACCGAACCAUGGUCAAGAGUACGGGUAAAGGCGAAACAUGGAUUGAUCUGCAUGGGCUACAUGUCGAAGAGUCAUUGGCGUUCUUAGAUGAGUUUAUGGAAAAACUGGAGAAUGAGGUUUAUACGGGUACUGUCUAUGUCGUCACAGGCACGGGCAAUCAUUCGGCCAAUGCACGGGCCAAGCUUCAGCCGGCUAUCAUU